CAGCAUAUUUGCAUUCUAUGUCUGUUAAACAAACUUGCACAUGGAAAUGGGAAUCUUUCUUGCUUUUAAGGUUAGGAGUGCCUUUCACACUCUUUAAUGGUUUGGAAUGAUGUUGGGGUGGCCAAAUGACAAUUAAAAAUUGCGCCUCCUACCGUAAAGAGAUUCGCUUCACCUACUACUGCUUCGUUCAAUCCGGUGAGUCUCCUAAAUGUUCUCUGAAAACAACAAGAGAAGAUGAUUUCUGAUUUUUUCCCUCAAGAAGUUGUAGCUGAUAUUCUGUUAAGACUGCCUGACAAGACACUUGGAAAUUGCUUGUGCGUCUGCAAAUCAUGGUACACCUUCAUCACCAGCCCUACUUUCAUCGCCAAGCAUUUUAACAAAAGAAAAAACAAUGGCCGUCGCCUUCUCUUCAGGCAGUUCUAUGCCUCCAACAGAGUAUGCUACUCUUUUCAUGUUGACAACUCCUCUUUCGUUAAAUGUCAAGAUUUGUACUUCCCACUUCAAAGUUUCCGACAUUCGCGGGUAGUUGGUUCUUGCAAUGGCGUUCUGUGCUUAUCCGAAUCUAUCUUGAUCAGGACCUGCAAAAUCUUUCUCUGGAACCCGACGAUACGAAAGUUUCUCUCCCUCCCACCUCCCCCUGUGUCUUUCAGUCAUUACAGCACACAUGUGUAUGACCUUGGUUUUGGCUUUGAUUGCCUCUCUGAUGAUUAUAAGGUCGUAGUGCUUUGGUUUCCCAAGAGAGAACAUGGAAAUGCCUCUCCUUCGCGUCCUCAGGUUUUUGUUUACUCUCUUAGCACCAAUUCCUGGAGAAACAUUAGUGCUAUGGCACUUCCCCCCUUUAAAGUGGUCCGAUUUCACAUGACACAAGCUUAUGUGAAUGGCGCUAUUCAUUGGGUUGCCUCUGGCGGGAUCAAUCGACUUACAGAUGAUGAGUUGCAUAGUGAUUUCAUUCUAAGGUUCAAUGUGUCCGAUGAGAGGUUCGAUAGAAUGUGUCUUCCAAAGUGUUCUGCUACCAAUGGGACAUGGAAAUUGGUUGCCUCAAGCUUACACAAACAGCUCUCAGCUGCGCGGUAUGAUAGAGACAGGCUCCAUUUUGACUGCUCAAUAUGGACGAUGAAGGAGUAUGGUGUCUCAGAGUCUUGGACCAUGCCACAUAUGGUUAGUCUGGGACCAACAGGCAGGAACAGGCGUUGGACGUGUGUUUUAGGCUCGAUGGGAGAUGGUGACCUGAUAUUGUUCAGGGACAUGGACCAGCUAUAUUCAUAUGAACCUGUGAGUGGGCGCUUGAGACAUCUUGGAAUUUACGGAUUAGAAGGCUCUUCUUAUUUGAACAACUUCACAGAGAGCAUAGCGUUGCUUGGUCAAGGGAAAACAAUCUUGAAUGAAAAUGUGGUGGAGAGCUUAGUUUUGCCAAGUCAAGUGAGUAAAAACAUGGAAGAAGAGAACAAUCAAUCGAAAACCAGAAAGAGAAGUGGACGAAAUGUGACUGGAUUUCUUAGAAAAUGCAUAUAUCUGAUACAGAAGGGCUGUAAUAAGCAAGGUACUGAUCAACAUAUAUGAUUACUUCCAGCUUUGUUGCAAGAAACUCCAAACCUAGCGGAGGGACUUGCUUUGGAUGAUAUGCUUCUUGUGGAGGGAUCAGAAGAAACAACAUUCAGAAAUCAGAACCACUUGAGGGACCAAGUGAGGAGGUUCUCUUAUAGGUUUGCAAUCCCAUUUUUCUGGGUGUUUUUUUUUUUUUUGGUAUUAGAAAUAUUUGCUACUAGACUCUUCACUCUACCCUGUCAUGUUCAAGUAUUUGCAUUAAGAAGCUUUUCCAUACAUUUCUAAGCUGUUCACUCGUCAUUUUCAAAUACUUGCUAACAUAACAUAUAUAGGGCUACACUACAAGACGUCCUCAAUUAGGGAUGAUUGGUGAUUGUUUGUUGAUGGACUUGGAUUUAGCUUCAGAGUAAUGUUUACAUUUGAUUUGGACUGGAAUUUGACAAGUGUGUAUCCCUUGCAAUUUAAUGUUGGAUCUACUUGGUAUUUCUCUGACUCAAAUCCUUCAGCUUCGAACUGUCUUGUGUUAAGAGCAAAACAACAAAAGAAGAUCAAAUUAUACAAAAAAAAAAAACAGUUAUAAGUAGCUCUAAUUAAACUUACCUUACCGAGUAGACACUUUUUAAGAAAUUACAGAACCUGCAUAUAAGAAUGCCCAAUAGUUAUGAAAGUAGCCAGAAACAAUAUGCUUGUUAGCCUAUUAACUGCUAACUAUAGAAACCAUAUGAACGUGUGUGUGUGUAUAUAUAUAUAUAUAAUAGAAACCAACGAUCGAACACACAUAAGAGAUUAGAGAGGACUCAGAAAGUCGGUGACUGUCGGCAAGGCAAUAAUAAUAUUGCCAAUACGCACGACGAGCGAACCAAGACCAAUAUCUUCAUCGUCCACCGUUAGAGAAACUAAGCAAUAUCAUAUACAGCUACGUUAGAGAAACACAGACAUAAAUUUUAUGACAGUAAGGUGUAAGGGAGAGAUCUUUUGUUUUCCCUGUGAAUGUAAUGGGAA